AUGGCGACUGUCAUUCAUAAUCCUCUAAAAUCGCUCGGUGACCAGUUCUAUAAGGAGGCGAUCGAACACUGCCGCAGCUACAAUGCCCGUCUGUGUGCAGAACGCAGCGUUCGCCUGCCGUUCCUGGACUCACAAACUGGAGUGGCACAGAACAACUGCUAUAUCUGGAUGGAGAAACGACACAGACAACCAGGCCAAGCAGCAGGACAGAUGUACACAUACCCUGCUCGAUGCUGGAGGAAGAAGAAGCGACUCCACCCUCCCCUGGAUCCACAGCUCCGCCUGUGCGAGCUUCGACUAGAAGCAGAGUUGGCCCCCAAACGAGAGGUCCCGGCAGGGGAGGCCACAGCCUUGGAGGCCCUCCUCAGGGGGGACAACCUGCUGGAGAAAAAAAACAACAUCUGUAAGGAGGAGGAGACACUGCUGGAAAUACAGAGAGUUCUGGAGGCAGAGGAAAAUGGGGACGGUUUCAAUGACGAUGAAGACUUUGAACUGGACACUCCAAAGAGAAAGAACAGAAACAGAGGCAAAAACAGAGGAUCGAGUCGCAGAAGAGCAGAACCUGUUAGCAUGGACGAUCAGGACAAACCUUACGUCUGUGACAAUAGAUACAAACAAAAGCAUAACUCAAAAAAGGCUGAAGAAGUUUGUGGAAAGCGCUACAAGAACCGACCUGGCUUGAGCUACCACUACACCCACACUCACCUGGCAGAAGAGGAAGGUGAGGAGGAGAAGGAGACAGAGAUGGCCCCAUCUCCUCCACGAUGCUCCGACAACCACAAACCUCAGAAGGCUGCAGACGGCACCAUCAUCCCCAACGACUACUGUGACUUCUGUCUGGGAGAUCAGGACUCCAACAGGAAGACGGGCCAGGCUGAGGAGCUAGUGUCCUGCUCUGACUGUGGGCGCUCAGGUCACCCCACAUGUCUGCAGUUCACAGAUAACAUGAUGCAGGCCGUGAGGACGUACCAGUGGCAGUGCAUAGAGUGCAAAUCCUGCAGCCUGUGUGGCACCUCAGAGAAUGAUGAUCAGCUGUUGUUCUGUGAUGACUGUGACAGAGGAUACCACAUGUACUGCCUGAAGCCUCCAAUGACUCAACCGCCAGAAGGAAGCUGGAGUUGUCACUUGUGUCUGGACAUGCUUAAAGACAAAGCCUCAGCAUUUGGAGAAGCAUAACUCCUCAGACUCUCAACAUAUGUACACAUAACUUGCAUAAUUUUACCUACACUUUAGCUGUUUGACACACCUACUUUGACAUUGGGCUGGCUACACACUAGACGACUUUAAGCCUGAUUUUAGGCUGGAUUUGUUUCACCCAGUGAUGGGAGGGCAUGACCAGAUUUGAGGUUUGUCACUCAUGAUUUGUCCAGGUAAACCUCAAGCGUGGUUCCUGUACAAAAACUUACUACCCCCAGUUGAGUUGGAGUCUUCCUGAUUAGGAAUUGUAAGAAUCAAACAAGUUUGAUAUUUACAACUCCAGGUCUAGCUACUACAAAAUACCCACAAUAGCCAAUGAGAGUUAGCAGACCUAGAAGCCUCACUGACCAGAUGUUAAGUACUUUAACAGCUCACAAUAAGAACACAACUUGUCUGUGUUUGAAGACAGGAUUUUAACUGUUCUUUUCCUUGUUUUGUUUUGUUG